AUGUGUCAGGCAAUCUGGCAAGACGAGCCAAAUGUCUUAAGCGAUGAUGAAGAGGAUAUUCCUAAAAAUUGGAAAAGUGCCUCCGGUGCUUUGAACGCCGGAAACCAAAUCAGCAGUUAUUGGAAGAAAGCCAAUGGAGAUUUGGGGAGGAAUGAGAACAAUAAGGGUGCGAGUAAGGAUGUCGAAGAUACGGAGGCCGCCGACAAAGCAGAGAAGGCCGCCGACAAAGCAGAGAAGGCCGCCGACGAAGCAGAGAAGGCCGCCCACGAAGCAGAGAAGGCCGCCCACGAAGCAGAGACCGCUGCUAUGCUGGCGGGUCACCAUGCUAAAUCGGCGAUGAACAGUGCCAAAGACAUAGACAAGAUUGCUAAAGAUAUGAAGAAUGACGAAUAUACGAAGAAGGCUAAAGAUAUGAACACGGCCGCUGAAGAUGCGAAAAAGGCUGCUGAAAAAGCAAAAAAGGCCGCUAGAGAGGCAAAAAAGGCCGCCGAAGAUGCGAAGAAGGCUAGAGAUGCGAAAAAUGCCGAAGAUGCGCAACAGGCCGCCCAAUAUGCGAAAACUGCCGCUGAAGAUGGUACGAAGGCCAACGGCCAGGCAUAUCACCUCGCAAAUCUUGCCAUGCGGGAAGCAAAUAAAGCAAAGGAAGCGGCCGAGGCAGCCAAACCCUCUCCCAAAGUCAAAACGGACCCCGAUGCACAACAGGCUAUACCUGAUAGCAAAGUCAAGCUAGAAUACCCUGAUUUACUGGAUGAUGCCCUGGAACUAUUCUCAAACUUGACCCUGGACAACAACAAAAAUUUGGAAGUUGAAGAUUUCGGCUCUAAGGGCGAACCAGAUGAGAUCUACUUCUUUCGGGACCCAUUUACUGGGUUGGGCGAAUCUGUAAAGGGAAACAUAUUGUUUACACCAAUGAAUGGCAAGUGUUUCGGCUUUGCAUUGCCAACUGAGGAUGGUAAGUUCAAAUUUGGGUUUGCACCUGUCACGGGUCAGUACGAGAAGAAGUACUUGCAAUUUCAGACGGCAUAUGGCAACAAUGAAAGAAGUCGUGUCGUUAUUAUGUCGAAGGACCGCGAGCUUCGUACUUUAGGCUUUGACGACCUUGCACAGCUUCAGUACAUCGGCACAGGCUAUAUGUUGCCACCUAGCGGCAUCCCCUCUGAUAGAAUUAUAGAGGAGGACGAGAACGGGUAG